AACUCAGUUCGAGAGGCAGAAAGAAAGGUUGCUUGGAUACUGUUGGAUAUAUCUAACCUGUCCUUCUUGAAUAUAUCACCAUCAUUAUUGGACCCAGGAAGGAACCAGGACACAUCUGAACACAUCCAGUUGAUGCAAAUUAUAUCCAUUGUAAAGAAGAAAAUUGAAACUAGGAGCAGGAGGACAUUCUUUGCCUCUUAAGCAACUUUUGGAUUGUGGGAAACCUUUUGGUAAAGCUUUUCUGUUGAUCAUGAUCCAGUUGUAUGGUUUUGGCAUAUUAACAAUUAGAAUAAUUGGUAUGGAGGUAUGAUUAUAGAGGGGAAUCUGAUUGCUGAGAUUGAAUCUCUGCAUACAAAGACAAUCUGGAUAAUUAGCAGAGACAGACGGACAACAGAUAUUCAUUUUUCACACAUAGCAGAAAUAAGUUUUUUACAUUUGUUGUUUUUUAACUGAAUUCUAUAGCUGAAAAGACCAACUAAAAAGGAAUAAUGAAAGGACCAAUUAAACAUUCCGAUCAAAUACAAAACAUGCCCAAAACGUUGGGUCUCGACCAAUCGUGGUCCUCCUUCCUUAAAUCCACCCCUUGUCUACGCCUCAACACCAUGGAUUUCUCAGAUCUGUGGGACGAGGAGGACUGGAUUGGAACGGAUUCCUCUGAGGAAGACGGAGGUACCUCGAACGAUCAAACAUCGGCAUGUCUCCAAACUCCACCUCCUCCUCCUCCCAUGCCGCCCUCUCCACCUUUACCUCCCCUGCUCCCAGGGAAGGCCCCUCCCAAGGGGAGAGCCUCAGGUCGCCGUACACUAAAGCUCCACUGGAGGGAACUCCAGAGCCUACCACCCCUGCCCAGAGUUAGUCGCUUUGGGCCCCAGACCAUCUGGGCUGGCCUGGAGCCUGUGCACCUGGACACCAACCGAUUGGGGUACCUGUUUGAGACAAAGGCCAAUGACUCCAUCUGUAAUGCAGUGAUGGGAUGGCGGAAGCAGCCAUCCGUCUCAGUGUUGGGGGUGAAACGUAGUAACAUCAUUACCAUCGCCCUCAGUGGCCUGCCUCCUCCACGCCUGCUGCCUCCGGCCAUUCACGCCAUGGACUGUAGUGUGUUGGACAGAGACGACAUACAGCGUCUCCAGUCCCUGGUCCCAAGUGAGAAAGAGCUGGCUCUAAUCAUGGAGGCACAGGCCCAACACCCAAACUCGCCACUGGCUCCGGCUGAGCUUUGUCUCCUCACUCUAGGAGAGAUCACUCACCUGGGACCCAGGCUCCAGCUCUGGGCCUUUGCCCUGGACUAUGACACUCUGGAAAGGGAAAUUGCUGAGCCUCUUUUUCACCUAAAGCUUGCCAUGGAACAACUGGCUGCCAGUCAGACCUUCAGGUGCAUCCUGGCCACAGUGCUAGCCAUUGGCAAUUUCCUCAAUGGGUGCAAGGCUCGUGGUUUUGAGUUGAGUUAUCUGGGGAAACUCUCCCAGGUUAGAGACACACACUCCCGCCAGCCUCUGCUGCACCAUAUGUGUGUUCUACUGAUGCAGCUCUACCCGCAGUCCACCGACCUCUACUCAGACAUCACCUCUGUCACCCGCGCCAGCAAGAGUAACUACUCCCAGGUCCAGUCCAGUCUCUCCCAGCUUGAGGCCCUUUGCAAGACAUCCUGGGAACAACUGAGUCUGGUGGAGGGGGCCGACCAGAAGAUGACAGGAGGGCAAGUCCAAAAGGUGGAGCGGGAGGGCACCCUUCGUCAACAGUUACCGAAGUUCCUGAAGGAGUGCGAGGACAGGCUAAAGGUCCUGGGGGCUGUUCAUCGCAGGGUCAUCAACAGAUUCCACUCGUUCCUCUUGUUUCUGGGUUACUCUCCUACAAUGGUGAGAGAGACGAACGCAGAGGAUUUCUGUAAAACAGUCAGCGACUUCUCUCUGGAGUACAGAGCUACCCGUCUCUCCAUCCUGGAAGAGAGGGAGAGAGAGUGUGAGAGGGAGAAAGGAGAAGGCAUCGACUCACCUACACCCAAAAACAAAAACAUCCACCACCACCCCAAGACACCUGGCCAGGACAGCUUGGAGCAGCACAAACUAGAGGAAGUGUUACGGAAACCUGAAUCAGCCAUCCAGUUUGAUUUUACCCUGCAACGCCACCGCAGUAAAAAAAGUGAUAUCAAAGGUCGACUGUCCCAGAAGCUGAGAUGGUGACAAAUGAAGUGUGUUUUUGUGUGUUUGUCUGCUGUGUGUAUUACAAUAUUUGUGAGAACCAAAGGUUUAGAUGUAUAGUAACUGAUGCCAAAUUAGGAAUGUGAGGACAGUCCUCACAUGCUCUUUUAGGCUUGGGAUUAAGUUUGGGGUUAGAGUUCUAUUGAGGUUUAGGGUUAGAAUUAUGAUUAGGGAUAUGGUUAGGCACAAGGGUUAGGUUUAGGAGUUUUCGAUGUUAUACUUCCGGGGGUUGAGAGGAUUACAUUAUGAUUGGUGUUAAAUCUGGUUUAAUACAAUUUUAGAGUUAGGGUAAAACAUUUUUAAUGGGUAUACAUUUUGCUCCAAAAACUCUUCACAAUAUAAUAAAAUAAUAUAAUAAGUGUAUGUGUGUAUAUGUGUUAUCUGUCCUGCGUUUUCUGUUUACACGGGUCUGUCAGAUUCUUGCAUUCUUAUUACUACACAGUGACAUUGAUAUGCAGCUAUACAACUGCCAUUCACUCUCGGUAACACCCAGAAUCCUUAUUCGUAUCCUUAGUCAAAUAAACAGGGUAAAUAA